AGACAAAUUUUCUCAGUUUGACAGGUUUGUUUCCUGCAUUGCAGGUUUCAUAUCGUACAGGGGCCUGUAUUAUUACAAUUGUUGUCAUAAACAUGUCAGGAUACAGAAUGAGAGCCAACAAGUGCCCUACGGACGAGCUCAGCCUCUCCAAUUGUGCUGUUAUUAAUCGUUCUGACUUUCCGGACGAUGUCAGACAUAUUGAGGUGACAACUGGACCGAAUCAACAUUUUAUUUUCACUGUCAAAUCAUAUGAGAAUAUGCCACGUGGGAAUGUUGGUUUUAGUUUACCUCAACGAAAAUGGGCAACACUGUCGUUAAAUCAAGAAAUCGAAGUACGACCUCAUUAUUUUGAUCCGACUUCAAGCUCAGAAUGUCUAUGCACAAUUGUCCUUGAGGCUGAUUUUCUUCAGAAAAAGACAACAACUCUCGAGCCAUACGACACUGAGCAAAUGGCAAAGGAAUUUUUAUUGCAAUUUUCAGGUCAAGCAUUCACUGUUGGACAACAAUUGGCAUUUCAAUUUUUAGAUAAAAAAAUGUUGGGGCUUGUUGUAAAAAGUUUAGAGGCUGCCGAUUUACAAGCAAUAAGCACGGGACAAGAGACAAAACCAAAAAAAACAAGAAUGGGUCGUUGUUUAGGUGAUUCUGUGAUACAAUUUGAAAAAGCUGAUAAUUCUAGUCUUAAUUUAAUUGGCAAGGCAAAAGGACAAAUGGUACGUCAAUCAAUUAUAAAUCCAGAUUGGGAUUUUCAAAAAAUGGGUAUUGGCGGUUUAGAUAAAGAAGUGAGCGCCAUUUUUCGUCGUGCAUUUGCAUCACGUGUAUUUCCACCUGAAGUUGUAACGCAAUUAGGCUGUAAACAUGUGAAGGGAAUUUUACUUUAUGGUCCACCGGGAACUGGUAAAACAUUAAUGGCACGACAAAUUGGUAAUAUGUUAAAUGCAAGAGAACCAAAAAUUGUUAAUGGUCCACAAAUUUUGGAUAAAUAUGUUGGCGAAAGUGAAGCCAAUAUACGACGAUUAUUUGCCGAUGCCGAGGAGGAAGAAAAGAGGCUAGGUCCAAACAGUGGAUUACAUAUAAUUAUUUUCGAUGAAAUCGACGCUAUUUGCAAAGCAAGAGGAAGUGUCGCGGGAAAUACUGGCGUUCACGAUACGGUUGUUAAUCAAUUACUUUCAAAAAUUGACGGUGUCGAUCAAUUAAAUAAUAUUCUCGUUAUUGGAAUGACAAAUCGUCGUGAUAUGAUUGACGAGGCUUUACUUCGACCAGGAAGAUUGGAGGUACAAAUGGAAAUUAGUUUACCUGACGAACAUGGUAGACAUCAAAUUUUGAAUAUUCACACAAGUAAAAUGCGUGAUUAUAAAAAAAUUUCCAACGAUGUUGAUCUAACGGAACUUGCAACAUUGACGAAAAAUUUCAGUGGCGCAGAAUUGGAGGGUUUAGUUAGAGCAGCACAAAGUACAGCUAUGAAUAGAUUGAUUAAAGCUGCGAGUAAAGUUGAAGUUGAUCCUUCGGCAAUGGAAAAGUUUUGCGUUAAUAGGACAGAUUUUCUUCAUGCAUUGGAAAAUGAUGUCAAACCAGCUUUUGGUACAAAUGCAGAAAUGUUGGAAUCACUUUUAUUGAGAGGAAUUAUCAAUUGGGGUAGGCCAGUUUCUGAUAUUUUGGCUGAUGGAAAUUUAUAUAUUCAAGAAACAAAGAACGCUGAGGAUUCGGGUCUUGUUACUAUUUUAUUGGAAGGUCCGCCAAAUAGUGGAAAAACUGCUCUCGCCGCUCAAAUUGCAAAGAAUUCUGAUUUUCCAUUUAUUAAAGUUUGUCAACCACAGGAAAUGGUUGGAUUUACCGAAACUGCCAAGUGUUUGCAAAUACGAAAGAUAUUCGACGAUGCUUAUCGCUCACAGCUUAGUUGUAUUUUGGUCGAUAAUAUUGAACGUUUAUUAGAUUACGGUGCAAUUGGUCCGCGUUAUUCGAACAUUACUCUUCAGGCUUUAUUAGUUUUGUUGAAGGCAAAUCCUCCUCGGGGUCGGAAACUUCUUAUCCUUUGCACCACUAGUCGAAGACAAGUUUUGGACGAUAUGGAAAUGUUGUCAGCGUUUAGGAAAAUUCUUCAUGUACCAAAUUUGUCGACUCCUGAUCAUCUUCUUUCAGUUCUCGAAGAGGUUGACGUAUUCUCGAAACAGGAAAUUGCAUCGCUUCAAAAGAAAUUACACGGCAAGCGUGUCUUUAUUGGUAUCAAGAAAUUAUUGGGUGUAAUUGAUAUGGCACGACAAGUGGAACCAAAUUAUCGAGUUUCAAAAUUCCUACUCGAAUUGGAGGAAGAGGGACAUUUAGAGUAACAUCCCAUUGGAUGCAAUAAUUUUCUUUCCUAUUUUCGCUGCAAUUAAAUUCUCUAGUUACUAAAAAAAAAAAGAGAGACAUACAGUAUAUAUUAUAAUAAGUAAGAAAAGUACAAUGCUGAUAUAAUGAUCACGAAAAUUUAGAAAAUAUACACAAUUUGAAAAUCAUAUCUGCAAAAAAAUAUAUAAUAUAAAUAAUUAUUAAUUAUUAAUUAAAAAAUUGGUUUCUUGAAAGGAAUUUUGGACACAAAGUAUAUUUCUGUAAAUGAACACCGAACAUGAACAUUUUAAUAAUGGGUAAUUUUCUGCAAUUUUGCAGAGAUUUAAUGAAAGUACGAAUGAACAUUUAAGAUUUUCUUGUCGGGUUUAAUUUUUAAAAUUUUAAUUAAUUUUUUUUUUUGAAAUUUUCUUCAUUCGUACUAGAAAAAAAAUGACCACUGUUCGAACUACGGUACUAAAAUUUAGCAGUGCACUUGCCACACACAUAGGUAGUGCUCUGAGAUAUAAUAUAUUAUAUAAAUUCGCAAAAUCAUUAUUGAUAUAAGAAGAAAAUAAUUCUCAUCUUCGAAAAAUACGUAUCAAUAGUGAAUUUGACGAAAAUUUUGCGAGCGUCAACGAACAUUUCGUUUCUUUAGACAAAGUGAAUUUACUAGGGAUUCAAAAUGUACAAAAUGUAAGCUUAAAUCACUUUUAAAAAAUCAUUCAGAAAAAAGAACCUAAAAUUAUUUUAGCAUGUAAAAUUAUUUUUUUUUAUUUAUAUUUAUUUAUUGUGCCAUAGUUUACUAUUAAUUUGAAUUAGCAUCUAAUUUUUAAAUAGAGGAUUAUAAUUUUUUUUUUUUUCAGUACUUAUUUUUAUUUAUAACGAAAACGAAAUUAAUUUAAAUUUUCGAAUAUUUUAAUUAGUUUUUAAUUCUUAGAAUGCUAGAUUUUUAUGACUCCCGUAUUGAUUAUAAAUACAUGUACAGUGUUAAUUAACAAAGCUUAAAAAAAAAAAUGAAAAUUCUUCGUGGAUAAAUAAUCUUAAAAAUAUUGAUAUUAGUAUAUUGCACUUUAAUAGACUCAGUUUUGUGAAGAAAACAAAAUAUAUAUAUACCUAUGCGUGUAUUUAAUAUUAUUAUUUAUUUUAAGAUAAAUCAUCUGCGAUUCGAAAAAUUUGAAAAUGAUUUUCAAUUUUUUUUUUUGAAAAGACACAGAUGAAGUAUUCUUUAAAAAAAAACCUCGAAGAAAAUGGCAGGCCAUUCUUCGAAAUCUAUUUAUUUGGUAGAAAUGUAUUCAGAAUAUUCUUAAAUAUAAUGAAACUGAAUAUAUUAUUAGGGUCUUCCGGCUCAAAUGCAUCAAUUUAGUAAAUUAAUACCUAAUAUUAAUAAUAAUAAUAAUAAUAAUUGUAAAUUAAUUAAUUCAUACUAGUGUUGAUUAUACGAUUCAUUUGAAUCUGGAGACUCUUCCAAAAUUCCAGUAUUUAAAAACUGGAAUACUUUUAGUUACUUAAUAGAAAAUUUGUAAUUAAUUUCGAGUUACAUUUUACGUGAAAUUUCAUUUAAUUAAAAAAAAAUAUAUAUAUAGUGAAAAAACAAUUGUAUAUUGUAGUAUUAUCAAUUCAUUCCAAUUGUUAUCAACGUUUGUAAAUAUAUAUGCUUUAUAAAAUUAAAAUCUGCAAAUGUAAUCGACGAUAUAUUGUCUUCGCAAAUACCAGCAGAAUUUUUUUUUUUUAAAUUCAGAAAUUUUAUAUAUUCUUCUGAUUAUACAAAAAAAAAAAUUUACUAUUUUUGAAAAAUUGAAUAGUAAAUUUUUAUCUAUUUUACAGACUGAGACGAAUAUUUGCAAAAAAAAAAAGACAA